AUGGUGAAGAGACGCACGGGGCAGCGCGUCAGGCUCUACGUCCGGGGCACCAUCCUCGGCUUCAAGAGGUCGAAGUCGAACCAAUACGAGAGCACAUCGCUGGUGCAGGUCGAGGGGGUGAACACCAAGGAGGACGUGGCGUGGUACGGUGUCGCCGCGACGGAAGAAGCCUCCUCCGCUCUUCUCUGCUCGCCGGAUAGUAUUAGUAGCUCCUUGGAUCUGUGCCCAUGCAUUGUAUGCUCUUCUUUCCAUAUAUGCACUGCAUUUCUAUAUGUCAAAGAGCUUACCCUCUGCUGUCAUGUUUCCAUGGCGCGUGCAAACUAUGCAGUGUUGCUGUGGCUCCUGGUGGCGGUGAGCGUGAAGCUGGGGCGGCGCCACAUCGCCCACAACGCGGUGGAGCUGAUGGAGAGGCGUCUGGCCAAGGACGACUUCCCCGAGUACUACGACGGCAAGACGGGGCGGUACAUCGGGAAGCAGUCGCGCAAGUUCCAGACGUGGUUGGUGGCGGGCUACCUGGUGGCCAACAUGCUCCUGGACGACCCCUCCAACCUCCGCGCCGUCUCCCUGGAGGACGACGGCCACACCCGAGCAGCAUCUAAAGUUAGCAUCUGCUGCACUAUCGCUGAUGAUGUUUGUUUAAGGCUGUUGCUUUGCUCUGUGUGAUUUUACUCUAGCAUGUGUGUUG